CAGGUCAUUGACUCAUUAUUACGACCUGUUCGUUUCCAUUCCCGCACUUCUACAUCGCCUUCCUGUUCACUAUUCAGUUCUGUAGACUUGCGCCGCAUUAUAAAAGACCUCGAAUUCUCCCUGAGCUCUAGAACUCGCCACUGUUGAUCCAACUCGAGUUAACGAAGGUUAGGAAAGUUUUGUUUUUUCUCUUCGCACCUAGUUCUUUCUCAUCCACCGCGAACCCAGAAUAUUCGCAGACUUACUGGCGGCUUCAAUUUUAAUUUUCAUUAAUUUAGGAUUUGUACAUAAACUCUCCGGCGUCACCUGCUUCCUCCUCCUCUUGGGUUCCACCUCCUCCGUUUCAUGCGCGUUCAUUGAUCUUCGGGUCGAUUUUCUGUCGAAGGAUCUCGCCGGCGUCUCCCACUCCCCUGGGCCAAGAUUUUCUGUGCGUAGAGGAUUUCAGGUGAACAAAUUAAAAGAAACCCGCUUUCUUCUUGCCUUGUUCUUGUCCUCCGCAGAUAUUUGGAAGUAAUUUGGGUUGUAAAAUCCCUUAUUUUUUGUUGCCUGCGCUCCCUUGCGCAAGACUAAAACCCUAUAAAGGUCAUACUUUUGUAGAAUUUCCCUUUUGUGAGGUUACCCUGCACUUCUCUCUGUCUUUCGGUUCCUUCUCUAGUUGUUUUGGUGGUCUCUAGUGUUUCUCCACCCUGAUAAAAAUAUCAUCUUUCUGUUACACAUUAUAUAUAAUUUUCUAAUCCCUGAGCAGCCAAACAUCUCUGCUAGGAAACAAUCAAUAUUUGAACUUACCCACAAAUCACCGUUAACUAUCUCUUCUCACAUAAUUGUGCACCUCACUCCACUUCUACAAAUUUCAAUGCCCACUUAGUCGAAUCAGAAGAUCGCUCUCAUGGCAACGCUCAACUUCUAGCUGCUUGCCCUGAUGUCACUUGCCUGCGGUCUGCCCCUCAUCGAGUGUGUAUACUGCCUCGCCUGUGCCCGUUGGGCUUGGAAGCGCUGCAUCCAUAACGCCGGCCAUGACAGCGAAAACUGGCCCAUUGCCACCAUUGAAGAAUUCGAGCCAGUUCCCCGAAUAUGCCGUUAUAUACUAGGGAACUAUGAGGAUGAUCUUGAACACCCUCAAUGGGAGCCACCAAGAGGUUACAACAUGAAUCCUCAGUGGGUUGUUCGCCGCAAAACUUAUGAAGAAACCCGCGGCCGUGUGACGCCUUACUUGCUCUACGUCGACCAUUCCCAUUCUGAUAUUGUUCUUGCCAUAAGAGGUCUAAAUUUGGCGAAAGAAAGCGAUUAUGCUGUGCUGCUUGAUAACAGGCUUGGAAAGAGGAAAAUUGAUGGAGGUUAUGUUCAUAAUGGGCUGUUAAAAGCUGCUGCUUGGGUGUUGGAUGCAGAAUGUGAUACUAUAAAGGACUUGCUGGUUAAGUAUACUGAUUAUACUCUCACUUUUGCUGGACAUUCUCUUGGAUCUGGUGUGGCUGCAAUGCUGGCAAUGCUGGUUGUUCAGAAUCGACAGAAGUUGGGUAAUAUUGACAGAAAGAGGGUUCGAUGUUAUGCAAUAGCACCAGCUAGGUGUAUGUCUCUCAAUUUGGCUGUUAAAUAUGCUGAUGUGAUAAACUCAGUUGUGCUUCAGGAUGAUUUCUUACCUCGGACAGCUACUCCUUUGGAAGACGUUUUCAAGUCACUUUUCUGUUUGCCUUGUUUGUUGUGUCUAAGGUGUAUGAGAGAUACAUGUAUACCGGAAGAAGUCAUGUUAAGAGACCCGCGACGGCUAUACGCUCCAGGUCGACUAUAUCACAUUGUUGAAAGGAAGCCAUUCAGGUGUGGAAGAUUGCCCCCAGUUGUGAAAACAGCAGUGCCGGUUGAUGGCAGGUUUGAGCACAUUGUCCUAUCAUGCAAUGCCACGUCUGAUCAUGCUAUAAUUUGGAUAGAAAGAGAAUGCCAGUGGGCUCUGGAUCUGAUGCUUGAGAAGGAAAAGGCCAUGGAAAUACCUCCGAGUCAGCGAAUGGACCGCAAGGAGUCACUUGCGAAAGGGCACAACGAAGAACACAAGGCUGCACUCCGUAGAGCAGUUUCAUUGUCCGUGCCAGAUGCCUACUCGCCUUCACCCUAUGGCACAUUUGAGUCGAAUUCGAGUCCAAUUAGUGAGGAUUCCCCUUCUUCAUCUCUGAAGGUGGGGCAUAGAAUGACCUGGGCCGAGGUCGUCGAGAAGAUUUUCGAGCGGGAUGAGUCCGGUCGAAGAGUAGUCCGUAGAACAGCUUCUUGUGAUUCAAUCAUGUAAUAUAUUUUCUUUUUCACGUUGUUAUUCUUGUAAUAUUUACCAUUGUUUAUUAUUAGGGGCAUUUACUUACAUACCACUCGAUUCUUAUGAAUUUACAUAUCU